AUGACCACCAAAGAAAUAUAUCCUCAUCAGUUACAGGACCGCAAAGUAUCGUCAAAAAUUCUUCAUCCCAAUUUCAUUCCAAGCCUCCUUCACCACGAUGAGGCCUUACUGGAGUUAGAAAAACCAUUCACUGCUGCAAAAAACGUGCAGCUUGCGUGUUUGCCACCACAAGGAAUGGAAUUUACCAGUGAGCACUGUUUUGCCACUGGUUGGGGAAAGACUUCAUCUGAUGCCGACAGCUAUCAUGAAAUCCUCAAAAGAAUUCCAUUACCCAUGGUUCAAAGAGCCGAAUGCCAAAAUGCUCUCAGAACUACCACGCUUGGCAACCGAUUCCGUCUGCAUGAGUCGUUCAUCUGUGCAGGCGGUAAGGAAGGCAUCGACAUGUACCGAGGAGACGGCGGAUCUCCUCUUGUAUGCCCGGUUGAAGGCGUUCCGAACAAGUAUUACCAAGCCGGUAUUGUGGCUUGGGGUAUCAAUUUUGGCCAGACUGAUAUCCCCGGAGUUUAUGUUCGUACCAGUUCGUACUCUCACUGGAUUAAUAACGAACUGUCGAAAAUCAAUUAUGGACCUAUAGAUAAACGAAUCGAUAUAUGGUACUGGACAAAAUAAAAUGCU